AUGAAGACAGUGAAUUUCGGGUCGCUGGCCAGGUCCGGAGUCGACAUAUCGUGUAGCAGGAGGUUAACACAGGCUUCGCAUGUUAUAUGCCGUGUCUUCUGCUAUUCGUCCUCUCCUGCUGCUCGCUCGCUGGUUUGUUUGAAGUUCGACUUUCGGCUCGUCGGAGUUAACUAUUUUUGGACGUCAUUUUAUUAUGUAAUAAUAUAUGCCAAGCUAUUGUCACGUGCAGAUAUCAACAUCGACAGAAAAAGCAAAGAGAAAAAAAGCAACAACAACAACAACGAAAGAGACGCAAAAAAGGCCGACGAUGGAUAUAAAAUAAUAACAACAAGAAAGGAGGCUGGUGCAAACCGUUGGGAUGGACAUGCUGCCACCGGAGAAGACAGAAUCCUUGCGCAUGUGCAUACUUAUAAGCCAUAA